UUUCUUUGUGUAGUAUUUGUGAAUGGAAAUUUUUGCAAGGACCUAGCACAAGUCAUAGCAAAUGAUUUUUUCUUCUCUGGACUCAAUAUUCCCGGAAACACGAGAAACAAAAAUGGAUUAAAUAUCACUCUUGUGAACGUCGAUAACUUAGCAGUUCUCAACACUCUAGGCAUAUCUUUGGCUUGCAUAGACUACGCACCAUAUGCCGUGAUUUCUCCUCACACUCACCCUCGCGGCACUGAGCUUUUGGUAGUCAUUGAGGGUACUCUCUUAGUUGGUUUUGUCACAUCCGACCCAAACAAACUUUUCACCAAAGUUCUAAAUAAGGGAGAUGUCUUUAUAUUCCCAAUUGGUCUCAUUCACUUCCAAAUCAACAUAGGGGAGACUGCUACUCUUGCCUUUGCUAGUUUCAACAGCCAAAAUCCUGGGUUUAUCACCAUAGAGAACGCGGUCUUUGGAUCUAAUCCUCCCAUCAAUCCUGAUGUGCUCAUCAAGGCCUUCCAACUAGACAAGGGUGUAGUUGAAUAUCUUCAAAAGGCAUUUGUGCCAAAUUAG